AUGGCGGCGGCCGGUGCCGUGGGCCCCGCGGCCAAUGUGUUCCUGUUCCGCGAUGCUCGCUCCGCUCCAGAUCCAGUGCUGGAGGCCAGCCCGGUGGCAUACGGGCCGCUGCCGGUGCCGCUGGUGCUGGACAAUGGGUCGUUCCAGGCCCGGGCCGGCUGGGCGUGUCCCGGCCCGGACCCUGGCCCCGAGCCGCGCCUGCAGUUCCGCGCCGUGUGCGCCCGCGGCCGUGGGGCGGCGCGGGGCGGCCCGGGUCCGCAGGUGGGCAACGCGCUGGGCAGCCUGGAGCCGCUGCGCUGGAUGCUGCGCUCGCCCUUCGACCGCAACGUGCCGGUUAACUUGGAGCUGCAGGAGAUGCUGCUGGACUACAGCUUCCAGCACCUGGGCGUCUCCUCGCAGGGCUGUGUGGAUCACCCCAUCGUUUUGACAGAAGCUGUGUGUAACCCCUUGUAUUCACGGCAAAUGAUGUCCGAGCUUCUCUUUGAGUGCUACGGGAUUCCAAAGGUUGCCUAUGGAAUCGACAGUCUCUUCAGCUUCUACCACAAUAAGCCAAAGAACUUGAGUUCCAGUGGGCUCAUCAUUUCAUCUGGAUACCAGUGCACGCAUAUUUUACCCAUCUUAGAAGGGAGGUUAGAUGCUAAAAACUGCAAACGCAUCAAUCUAGGAGGAAGCCAGGCAGCUGGCUACCUCCAGCGCCUCCUUCAGCUGAAGUAUCCCGGGCAUCUGGCUGCGAUCACUCUCAGCCGCAUGGAGGAGAUCUUGCAUGAGCACAGCUACAUUGCUGAGGAUUACAUAGAAGAAUUGGAGAAAUGGCGCUGCCCGGAUUAUUACGAGAACAACGUCCACAAGAUGCAGCUCCCGUUUUCCAGCAAGCUCCUUGGCAGCACGCUGACCUCUGAGGAGAAGCAGGAGCGGCGGCAGCAGCAGCUGCGGCGCCUGCAGGAACUCAAUGCCCGCCGCCGGGAGGAGAAGCUGCAGCUUGACCAGGAGCGGCUGGACAGGCUGCUCUACGUGCAGGAACUUCUCGAGGAUGGCCAGAUGGACCAGUUCCACAAAGCUCUGAUAGAGCUGAACAUGGACUCGCCGGAAGAGCUGCAGUCCUACAUCCAGAAGCUCAGCUCCGCGGUGGAGCAGGCUAAGCAGAAAAUCCUUCAAGCCGAGGUCAACCUGGUGGUGGACGUGGUGGACAGCAAGCCCGAGACCCCAGAGCUGGAGCAGCUGGAGCCGACUCUGGAGGACGUGGAGAGCAUGAACGACUUCGAGCCCUUGUUUUCAGAGGAGGCACCUGAAGUGGAGAAGCCAGCUCCCACUGUCCAGCCCGUGUUUAACUUGGCAGCGUAUCACCAGCUGUUUGUUGGAACAGAAAGAAUCCGCGCCCCAGAGAUCAUUUUCCAGCCGUCUCUCAUCGGAGAAGAGCAGGCUGGGAUAGCAGAGACGCUCCAGUAUGUUCUGGACAGGUAUCCAAAGGAUGUCCAGGAGUUACUGGUUCAGAACGUGUUCCUCACCGGUGGGAAUAUGAUGUAUCCCGGGAUGAAAGCCAGGGUGGAGAAGGAACUGCUGGAGAUGAGGCCCUUCCAGUCUUCUUUCCAGGUCCAGCUUGCGUCUAACCCCGUGCUGGACGCCUGGUACGGGGCUCGUGACUGGGCCCUGGACCAUCUAGACAACAGUGAAGUCUGGGUCACCAGAAAAGACUAUGAAGAAAAGGGCGGAGAGUACCUCAAGGAGCACCGGGCCUCCAACAUCUACGUCCCCAUCCGCCUGCCGAAGCAGGCCUCGCGCUUCUCGGACACCCAGUCGUCGGGCAAGGGCACAGGAGCCACUGGAAGUGGUGCUGGUGAGCAUGCUUAA